AGUUAAGCUUGUUUUUCUCUCCCCCUCUACCAUCAUUCAUUCAGCCUCUUAUGCUUGCGUCAUGGGUCUCGUCUGUCACAAACCCCGUGGCACCAGAAACGUGAAGACAUGGUUGGGGGCGCGCUGGUGCUGAAACUUCUUCUACGUGGCAGUGAAGUUUCGUUGAGUUGACGAGGUUCCAUCCUGUAAUGCAGUGGCAGGGAAGCAGGGCAAGCACCAUACGGUAAUCGGGGAAUAUUAUGAAAGCACCACCGGUUUGCCGACAUUCAAUCUAAGGUUCUAUGCCAUCAUAAGCUUCUACAGUUGAGAAACUUGAGAGCAUUUUUAUAAUAUUUGUUGCAGCUUCAAUCAUGGAGAGAGUUCAGAAAAUGAAGGGCGGCAGAAAGAAGAAAAAGAAAGAUUCCACAAUGCCGGCCCGAUCAACUCUGCUGGAGCAGCUUGGCCGAGCUGAAGCAGAAAUCUUUGCACUGGUUCAGCAACAGACUGACAGAGCGCGGGAAGCGGCCACGGCAAGAUUGUCGGUGAAAGAGAUGAGCGAUAGACUGUUGGCAAUGCAGGCAGAGCUGGAAAAGCAGAAAGCAAACGCAGAAGAUGUCAUGUACGUGCCCAAGAGACAUAUAUAUUUCUCCUCCCUCCCGCAGUUUAUGGUAGUCCAAGCUCCCGUUCUCCAUUCUCGUCCUGAUAUGGCGGGUCCUGGAGAUCGUCCUUAAACCAAUGGAAGCGCAAGGCUUUCCCUUCCAAUGAGGCCACCUUGCCCCCUGCUAGAAUGUUUGUCUGAAACUU